AUGGGACCUCCUGCUGAAAGACUAUGUCACAAGGAUCCUGGGUCGUAUGUUUACUUGAAGCAUUUAGGUGAUUUAUUUCAAAACGCAAAAUUUAUUCACAUUGUGCGCGAUGGCAGAGCAGCUGUAGCGUCUACGAUAGCCCGUAAAAUAAAUCCACAGUUCCGUUCAGACAAUAUCACACAAGCACUUAAGUAUUGGGAAGCUUUCACUUCACAUGUAAUUAAUGACUGUGAAUAUAUUGGAAGGAAUCGAUGUUUAACUGUUCGUUAUGAAUGUCUUGUUUUAAAUCCAAAAGAGGAGAUUUCAAAACUACUCAAAUUCCUUGAUCUUCCAUGGGAUGACCGACUUCUGCAACAUGAAAAAUACAUUCAUAAUGUAUCUAUGUUGAACAAAUAUGAAGCUAGCUCAGUGCAAGUUGUCAAGCCUAUUCACUUGGAAUCUUUAACUGCUUGGUGUAGAAAUGGCUCAGUUAUUCCAAAAGAAUACAUUUCAACCAUGCAUAAGGAGAGUCGAUUAUUGAAGAAACUUGGUUACGCUACCAAUGAAAUUCCACCUAAUUAUGAGAAAUUAUGCAAAGUUGACUCAGUAUUGUAAAACAAUGCGAAAAGAAGAGACAAGAAGGGGAGAUAUAGAUGGAUAGUCAGAAUGGAGAUGACGCUUAUCUUGUCAAUGACGAUAACAUUUCAAUAGUUUCAUUUGUAUUUUUUUUUACUGUUUUUACUAUUUUCAUACAAAGAAAUGCAUAUCUUUAAUAGGCUGACGAUUAUUGUGAUUGAUAUAUUACAUCGUAUGAUGAAUGCAAUCACCUGUCAGAGAAAAAUGCUAAAAUUGUCUGAAAUACAACUUACAAAUUUGUGUGUUG